CUGCAAUUAGAAAAAAUGUUAUGGGUAUGGAUCAUUUCCAUUGCAUUUUCCACAGGGCAUGCCUCAGGAUUGGUUCCCUCCUUCAGAAUUUUAGGAGGUUCCACUGUAAAAAUUGAGGAUUACCCCUAUAUGGUUUCCGUACAGUUGGUCUUGCGUGGUCAAAUGAAGCAUGUUUGCGGUGGCACCCUGAUAUCCCCUACAUCCGUCCUAACAGCAGCGCAUUGUUUCCCAGUACCCGGUUACUAUGUAGUCAAAGCUGGUGCUGCAAGUCUGAAGAGUCCCGAAGGAUGCCUGGUGCCCAUUACCAAAGUGAUAAUGCAUCCUAAAUACAGGCCUCUCAGCCAGGACUAUGACAUAGCUGUGGCCAAGCUUCGAAAACCUGUUAAACUGUCCAACAAGAUAAACAUAGCGAAGUUACCACCUCUCUCUAAAGACAUCCCAUUGGUUGAAGGCACUGUUCUGGGUUGGGGUGAGACCAGAUCUGGAUACGAUGGAAACACUGAUGCAUUGAGAGCUGUGGAUAUACCCAUCAUAGAUGAUAAGGAAUGUGUUCGAUCCUAUCCGAAAGGUUUGGUGACAGAUAGAAUGUUUUGCGCGAAAGUCGAUGAUGGUUCCAAGGAUUCCUGCAAGGGUGAUUCUGGUGGUCCUUUCAUCAUAAACGGCACCAUUUAUGGAAUAGUGUCAUGGGGGUUUGACUGUGGAAGUCCAGAAAAUCCAGGAGUUUACACGAGAGUCCCAUAUUUCUUCGAUUUCGUCAAUAACACUCUCACAGAGAAAAUAUCUCGUUUUAGUUGGAUCGACAGGUGGAUGAGGCAAUUUUUUCGAAAGUAUUGAUAUUGUAUAAAUAAAUAUAAGAUAUGGAAACAUAUGUUCUACAUCGUUUCAAUAGAGCAAGUUGCAGCA